UUAAGUUAUCCGAUAAAACUUUUGGUGAAGGUUAUUUUUACAAGUAAUCAUCCCUCCGUAAUUAAUUAUUGUGAUCUGAUACACAACCUUACCCCGGCAAGGAUACUGGUAAGUAGUGUUCACAGCCGAGCACAGUACUGCGGACACUGGACAGACGGUCCUAGCUGCAACGCAGCAACAGUUUCCACCAAACGCACAGGCGCAGCCCAUGUUGUCCGUUCCUUACUCGUUUCUUAUUCAUCACUGGCCAUGUCAUCGGAACAACCCCAACCCUGUGCUGAAUCGGCCAGCGUCCGCUCUUCUGUGGAGGGCGCUUUGACGGAGCGACUCGCUAUCGGACUGCAGGAGCUGAAGAGCAGUGGAGUGCUGUGCGACGUGGUGCUGAAAGGCGCGGAAGAGUCAGCCGUCGGGAUUCCCUGUCAUCGUCUGGUGCUCAGCGCCCAGAGCAGCUACUUUCGCACCAUGUUUGCGUCGGAUUGGAAGGAGUCUGCUGAAAAAGAGAUUCGGCUGCGGAAUAUCUCCAGCAACACGCUGCAGAAGUUGGUCGAUUAUGCGUACACAGUGAUGAUUCCGAUUGAUGAUGGCAAUGUGCAGCCACUUCUCGCUGCGGCGAUAUUUUUUGACUUCUCUCCCGUCGCUACGCUGUGCUGGAAUUAUUUGGAAGAGCACAUGGAUGUGUCCAGUUAUCUGCAGGUGUAUUCGUUGGCCAAGAUGCAUAAUAAUCCGCGUUUGGCUGAGAAGACCAAAGGGUUCGUGUUGCACCAUUUCGUGAAGAUUGCACAAAGCGCUGAAUUCUUGCUCGUCGAUGCGGCAACGAUCGUCGAGCUGGCAGCAUCUCAUGACUUGUGCGUUGAAAGUGAGGACCAAGUGUUUGAGGCAGUGAAGCGUUGGUGUGAAUACGACCAGAGUGGACGUCAAACGCAGCUGUCGGAUGUUCUGCAGUACAUCCGUGUUCCAUUUCUCUCUCCCAGGCGUUUGGAAAACUAUUUUUUGGUUCUUCUUAAUGGCUUCAUGGGCUCUAGCGCUGUGCAUAGUCCACCUCAGUCUACGGUUAUCCAAGAACUACCCGGCCGGAGAAGCGAAGCAAUAGCAUCUCGAUGUCGGCCUCGAGAAUCAUACGGUUGGCCGAAAGUGGUCGUAUGUGCUGGUGGCUGGGAUCAUGAAUUGAACAGAAUGGAUGCAGUACAAGUUUUCAGUCCAUCGAUGUCGGCCGUCUGGCUCCUCGACAGAUCAAAACUCCCGCAGGCCGUUGCUGGAUGUAGCAUGGUGGUUACGGAAAACAACUCGCUUGUCAUCUGUGGCGGAUUCGAAGAGAAUGAUGUAUAUAUCACGAAGCGAGUCUGCCAACUGGACUUGUUUCGGAAUGAGUGUACUGAUCUGGCACCGAUGUCAGUCAGUCGUGCUGGUGGUGGCGCCGCUACUCUUAAAGGCGGUAUUUACGUUGUUGGUGGCCUAAAUGCCGAAGAUAAUAUUCUGGCAGACAUGGAAUGUUAUGACUCGGAACAAGGCACUUGGCAGUCUGUGGCUGGCCUGCCGUUUCCUUUAAUAUUUUUUGCCUUGGUUGCUUCCAAGGACCGGCUGUACGUUUUUGGAGGGAACGCACAACUAGACUCAGGGCCUCUUAACUCGACCUUCUGUUACGAUCCACAAGUAAAUGCGUGGAGUAAACUGGCUGACAUGCCAACGGCGCGACGACAGUGCAGGGCUUGUAUUGGUUCGAAUGGCUUGAUUUACGUUAUCGGUGGUUGGGAUUCUGACCAAACUUCGCGCUGUGUAGAGGCUUACGAUCCUGUCAGCAAUCAGUGGUCGAAGAAGAGCGAUACAAUCAACGAGCACGGCGCAGCUGGAUGUGCGUAUGUGGAUGGCAAGAUUUACGUUCUGGGUGGGUGUUCCGAUACUACCGAUUCAGAUAUCGAGGUGUACGACGAGGAUGCAGAUGUGUGGAGCCUACUUCCCUGCCGAUUACCAGCGGCCAAAGCGGACUUCGGUUGUGCCGUUAUGACUGUGAAACAUGGUGAUAAUCAGCUGAAUUUGAACUUUACUCAACAAUGAAAUGGGAUUGAAGAAAAGAAGUGCGGUUUGGAGCUUCCAGUGCAACGUUUUACGUGGAAUUGUGUCUUUUGAGUUUGUUGUGAUAAGUUUUCCAGGCUUAGGCCUUAAAUAACAUUUACUUUGAAGCAGCUCUAAUUAACUGGAAAAGAAGGCUGUUGCCUUUUAAGUUGCGCCCCAGAGUAUGCGAGGAAGAGUGGCCUCCCCGUUCACCCGUGCUCUGGCGGCUGUUAUGUUGUUUUCUUGUUUUUUUGUGCUGUUUUUACCAUCUACCAGAUUCACAACCAGUAGAUUUUUCCGUUGCUGUAUUCCGUGGUCUGAGCCGUUUUCUCUGGCUUUUGCCCCGUAGAAAUCUGCUGCGGUGACGUUUGAGGUGUUGUCAGUGACAGGGAUUUAAAGGUAUGGAUUGUGCUGGCGUGUAGU